AUGGGAUUCUGUUUAGAGAGCAUCAAAUCAAUCUCCGGCGGAUGGGGCGCAGCGGCGCGUUCCUGUGACGGUUGUAAAUCGGUAACAGCCGCCGUGUACUGUCGAGUUGACUCAGCUUUCUUAUGCAUCACUUGCGACACAAGGAUCCAUUCCUUCACGCGCCAUGAGCGUGUGUGGAUCUGCGAGGUCUGCGAACAAGCUCCCUCCGCCGUUACCUGCAAAGCCGACGCCGCCUCUCUCUGCGUCACCUGCGAUUCCGAUAUCCACUCGGCGAAUCCACUCGCUAGCCGCCAUGAACGAGUCCCCGUCGAGUCUUUCUUCGACUCCGUAGUACCAAAAAUCUCACCUUCUUCCACGUUUGGGAUUCUCGGGGGGUCCACCACCGUCGAUAUGACUGCCGUUCCCGUGAUGGGUAAUAACUCCGACGAUCUCGGUUUGUGUCCUUGGCUUCUUCCUAAUGAUUUCAACGAACCGGCGAAGAUCGAAAUCGGAAGUAAUGAAAUGAAAGCUUCUGACUUUAUGUUUUCCGAUUUCGAUCGGCUCAUUGAUUUCGAGUAUCCGAACGCCGGAGGAGACAGUCUUGUUCCGGUUCAGACAAAAACAGAGCCACUUCCGGUAACUAACAACAACAUCAACGAUCAUUGUUUCGACAUAGAUUUCUGCAGAUCAAAGCUCUCUGCUUUCACUUACCCAACUCAAUCAUCAAUCAGCCACAGUGUUUCUACUUCGUCUCUCGAAUACGGUGUGGUUCCUGACGGAAACAACUCUGUUUCUGAAAUCUCAAUUCCGUUUAACCGGAGCAUGACGGCGACGACGACGACUACAGGUGAUCAAACGAGCACGAUGGAUAGGGAAGCUAGGGUUUUGAGGUACAGAGAGAAGCGAAAGAACAGGAAAUUCGAGAAGACGAUACGUUACGCUUCAAGAAAAGCUUAUGCAGAGUCAAGGCCAAGGAUCAAAGGCAGAUUCGCGAAACGAACAGAGACUGAAAACGACGACGUUUUCCUUAGCCACGUUUACGCUUCAGCUGCUGCACAGUACGGUGUCGUACCGACCUUCUGA